AUCUCAGGGAAGGUUGUAUGGAAGUUUAAACACGCACACGCAGUGGAAUUGUUGAAUGAAAUAAAGUGAAAUAAUUGUUUUGACAGUCAAUAUGGCGUCAUCUGAUACCAGCAAUGUACCAAAGUGGCUUGAAGGGCAAUUAUUUGAGGAAAUAUUAAAAGAAAAUGUACCAAAAUAUAAAGAAAUCAAAGAAUUUAAAGCAUAUGCCGGUUUACCGGCCGGUGAAAACUAUUCCACCAUUAUAACGCGUGUGGAGAUUUGUGUGGAACUGCAGGACGGUUCGACAACAACCAAAUUCUUUAUUCUCAAGACUGCCCAUGAGUCUGAAUUGUAUAAAGAACUAAGCGAGGGUACCGACUGCUUUCAAUAUGAGCCUGUAGUAUAUGAUGAAAUUAUUCCAGCUUUUGAAAAACUCUAUGAAGAUGCUGGAAAAGAUGUACGCUUUGGAGCAAAGUAUUUCAAAUUAGCCACAAAGAAAGGCCAUCUACUGCUAGAGGAUUUGAGGCAGAGAAACUUUAAAAAUGGCAGUCGCUUGGAAGGUCUCGAUAUUAAACAUGCCAAACAGGUGCUAAAGAAAAUGGCCGAAUGGCAUGCUGCCUCAGCGGUGCAUAAAGAGAACAUAGGCAAAUAUGAUGAUGGUUAUAUCAUAGGAGCCUAUAAAGACGGAUUACGCAAAGCAAUAAGCAUAUUUUUUGAGGGCAUGACCAAGUAUAUGCUGAGGUGUUUGCAUUUGUAUGAAAACCCAGAAGAGUAUAGGGAAAAAAUUGAAAAGGUCUUGCUUUGUGUUAUCGAUGAACUCUGGAAGGCCUCUAUUGUGGAUGACAACGAUUUUAAUGUGUUAAAUCAUAGCGAUUGCUGGACCAAUAACAUUAUGUUCCAAUAUGAUGAAGACGCUCAACUUCUGGAUACCUAUUUUGUGGAUCAUGCAAUGCCAAAAUAUGGCUCACCUGCUCAAGAUUUGACUUAUUUUAUUUUAUCAUCCUUACAAGCAGAUAUUAAAAUCAAACAAUUUGAUCAUUUGAUACAAUAUUAUCAUGAGAAUUUAGUGGAAAAUUUGGAAUUAUUGAAGUAUCCCAAGGAGAAGCCUUCUUUGAAGGAUAUUCACUUAAUGUUACAUAAGUAUCGCAUAUGGGGUUUCACUACCACUGUGGGUGUUUUGGCUGUUGCUCUAAUGGAUUCUUCAGAAAUGUCCACUUUUGACAAUUUCUUGGGUGAAAGUGAAGAUGGUGAUAAAUUCAAAUUGAUGAUGUUCACAAACAAACGUUAUAUACAACACUUGAAUGUCAUACUACCUUGGUUGCUCAAUCGAGGUGGCUUGGACUUUUAAAAGCCCCAACGUUGAAUUGAAGUUUUCUAAAAUUAGGACUUACAUUUACGGUAUUACUAAAAAAUUUUAAUUUAUUAAAAACAAUAACUGGCCCGGUGUGCUUCGCUACACCCUUAAGUAGCUAUUUAAAAAUAAAUACUUCUUUAAAUGUUAUGAAGCUGAUGCCCAUAGAGAUGGGUCUUUCACCGA